GGAGCUCGCGGCUGGGGGGCAAACAUUUGUGAAUGGCUUCAAAGUGACUGGGAUGAUUUAUAAUGGUUUGUCAGCACCAUAGCAGAUGUUUUUUGCUUGAUGUGACAUUUUUUAGGGCUGGAUUCUAACGGGAAACGAUGUCGGUCGCUGAAGGUCCUCGCAGUCCUGACCAGCUGAAUAAAUUCGAGAAACUGACAGGCAGGCCACCGCACGGUGAGACGUUAGCAGGUAAUCGUACUCCCCCCGCCCGCAGCGGGCAUCGCUGUGUUGCUGACAACACUAACCUCUAUGUGUUCGGAGGGUACAACCCUGACUAUGAUGAAUCAGGAGGCUCAGAGAAUGAAGACUAUCCACUGUUCAGGGAACUCUGGAGGUACCAUUUUGCUACAGGCUGCUGGCAGCAGAUUCGAACAGAGGGCUAUAUGCCCACAGAGCUGGCAUCUAUGUCAGCUGUUUUGCAUGGCAACAACCUCCUGGUGUUUGGCGGCACCGGGAUCCCCUUUGGUGAAAAUAAUGGAAAUGAUGUGCAUGUUUGUAACGUGAAGUACAAGCGUUGGUCACUGCUCAACUGUAGGGGGAAGAAGCCUAACAGAAUCUAUGGACAGGCAAUGGUUAUCAUAAAUGGCUUCCUGUACGUGUUUGGAGGGACAACGGGUUACAUCUACAGCACAGACCUGCACAGGCUGGACCUGACUACCAGGGAGUGGAUCCACCUCAAGCCCAAUAACCCUCCUGAUGACCUGCCUGAGGAACGGUACAGGCAUGAAAUAGCACAUGAUGGACAGAGGAUCUACAUUCUAGGAGGAGGAACUUCCUGGACGUCUUACCCUCUGGACAAGGUACAUGCUUACAAUUUGGAGACCAAUUCCUGGGAGGAGAUCACAACCAAACCUCAUGACAAAAUAGGAUACCCUGCUCCUAGGAGGUGCCAUAGCUGUGUACAAAUACGAAAUGAUGUAUUUAUCUGUGGAGGCUACAACGGGGAAUUGAUAUUAGCUGAUCUGUGGAAGAUCAACCUGCAGACAUUUCAGUGGAGUAAACUACCAGCACUGAUGCCUGAGCCGGCCUACUUUCACUGUGCUGCUGUCACCCCAGCUGGCUGCAUGUACAUCCAUGGUGGCGUGGUGAACAUCCAUGAGAACAAGAGAACUGGCUCUUUGUUUAAGAUCUGGCUGGCUGUGCCCAGCCUGUUGGAGCUAUGCUGGGAGAAGCUCCUCCAGGCGUUUCCCCACCUGACUUCACUCCCCACCAUGCAGCUUCUCAACCUAGGCCUCACACAGGAACUCAUUGAGCGCUUGAAAUAAACCGCACAGUGGUAGUCGGACACUGAGUGGAUGUGAUAGAGUGGGCUGGGCUGGGAGGAGAUGACAGAGCACAGAAUUUAAUUCACAGCAAAAUUCUCGGGAAAACGUCCUCCCCGUCCCCCACCGAACGUAGCCCCGCCUUAAAACCAAAAACAAUGGGAUGCCUUUUUGUUUUCCAUUUGUUCAAAUUUUUCUUCAGUUUCAGUGAUGAUAGGAAAAAUAAAUGUGGAAUGUUUUAUGGAUUUUACCCCUCCCCCCUGCCACAACCUCUAACAUGAUGCCUUUUUGCCAAGCUACAAAUUCUCGCUUCUUAUUCUUCAAAAUGCAUCAGCCGGAAAUACUUUAUUUUGCGAUGUCAUGUUUUUUCAUGACUAUCCUCUCCCAUUUUUUUUAAAUCAGCCUUUUCUAGUAUUUUAAGAAUUCUGUGCAAAGGAAGAAUGCAUGUAUAUUUAUUUGAAGGACAAAAUCAAUUUUUUCUGGGUGUAUUCUCAGCACCUGAUAUUGCUGUUUGCACACUUUGUCUUGCAGAGAGUUACUUGUUUUAAUAGAUCCUAUAAACAAAAUCAUAAUUUCAGUCUAAAAACUGACAGUGGUUUUCACAUGCCUGUGUUCUUGCACAUUUUAGCCAAUUUAAUUCAAAUCUCAUAUAUAAUUUCCAUUACUGCUGGCAUGCUGUAGCGUUUUAGAUUUUUUAAAUGUUUUUGCAGCCUUCCAGGCAUAUGGUGUGAAAAUCAACUUACACAGUCAAUCACAUUGACUUUCAUGUUUAUUGUUAAAAUUAUUCUUGCAUAAUUUGAUCAUGAAUGGAAAGCAGCUUCUGCCUGGAAGAACGGAAAGCACUUUUAAAAAACUAAGCUAUAGUAUGCUCUUAUAAUGGUCAUGGGUAAUAUAUGUUAUUUGUGGUAAAUUAGCCAAAACACGCAGAAACACUGUAUGCUUUUUGUUAGUGCGUGAAGAAAGGGCUCAGUGUCCGAGCCCUUGUAUUUCCUGUACUUUCUGUUAUCCAUUAUGUUACAGCCUAGUGUGGAGAACUCAAAUCUGCAAAAGAAAAAAAAAAACAGUCAAAGGAAGGUUGGUAUCUUCAAAAUCAUUUAAUUCCCAUCCCGCUUGCAGAUCUCAUUUGUAAACCAAACCAUGCAACACAUCACUGUGAAUUUGGUGCUCUUUAAAAUUAAUUUAAAAUGUUUUUAUUUAAAUAAAGACUUAAUUCUGGCAGA